CCCUGUUGAAAAUAUACUACUUGUAUAAUGUUAUGUUAAGGAGACAGCUCAACAAUAUUUAGAUAUAUCAUAUAAAGACUUUACUAUAAACUUCGUUUGGUUUGGUGUUCAUUAUUUCAAGUUUGAUCAUUUCAAAUAAAUAUAAAAAUUUCAACGGUUCAACCAUUAUCAUCUUCCCCUUAUUGUAUAUCUUCUUUCUUUCCUGUAUUAUUAUUAUUGUUUUAGUUUUGGUCAAAACAUAUCGAGUCGCCUUAUACUUUUUAAGGUGUAAUCGAUAAAAACUCGUGUUUUUUGUUAUUGUAGCGAUUAUUUUUGGAUUAAUAAUGGAGAGGUACGAAAAUAUGAAAAAUAUUGGGUCUGGAAAUUUUGGAGUUGCUAAGCUUGUCAAAGAUAAAUGGACUGGAGAGCUCUUUGCUGUCAAAUAUAUUGAGAGAGGACAAAAGAUUGAUGAGCAUGUUCAAAGGGAGAUCAUGAACCAUAGAUCGGUGAAACAUCCUAACAUUAUUAGAUUCAAAGAGGUGUUCCUUACUCCUACGCAUUUGGCAAUAGUAAUGGAAUAUGCUGCUGGAGGAGAGCUGUUUGAAAGAAUUUGUACUGCUGGAAGAUUCAGUGAAGAUGAGGCAAGGUAUUAUUUCCAACAACUAGUAUCAGGAGUCAAUUACUGCCACUCCAUGCAAAUUUGUCAUAGAGAUCUUAAGCUUGAAAACACCCUCUUAGAUGGCAGUUCAGAAUCGCGUCUCAAAAUCUGUGACUUUGGCUACUCUAAGUCUGCAGUGCUACAUUCUCAACCAAAAUCGACGGUAGGAACACCGGCCUAUAUCGCCCCAGAAGUCCUGUCUCGAAAGGAAUAUGAUGGAAAGAUUGCAGAUGUUUGGUCUUGUGGAGUCACUCUUUAUGUCAUGCUAGUUGGUGCUUAUCCCUUUGAAGAUGCUGAUGAUCCUAGAAAUUUCAAAACUACUAUUGCAAGGAUUCUGAGUGUACAUUACUCCAUCCCUGAUUAUGUUCGCAUCUCCAAUGAUUGUAACCAUCUCCUCUCUCGAAUAUUCGUAGCCAACCCUGAAAAGAGGAUAACGAUGGAGGAAAUAAAGAAGCACCCGUGGUUUGUAAAGAAUUUGCCUGCGGAGUACAAGGAUGGUGGGCUAGAUGACACAUUCAAUACGACGGAAACAGACGUAACAUCCCAAGAUGAAGAGGAAAUAUUAGCCAUAAUUCAGGAAGCAAGGAAGCCGGGAACAGUACAAGGGUCCAACCUCUUUGGUGAAGGUCUGCUAUUAGGCGGCAGCUUAGAUUUCGACGACAGCGAGCUUGAUGCUGACCUUGAUGAUUUGGAAAUGAGCUGUGAAGAUUUUGUAUGUGCUCUAUGAUAUAUACAAAGUAUAUAUGAUCAUGUACUAAUUAAUAAUAUAUGGUUUGCUAAUCAAGUAAUUCCUUUGAUAAGUUUGAUGGGAAUUCAAACUAAUGUUAGCAAUAAUUAGCAGUUAAUUAAUUAAUUAUGCAAGUGUGUAUGCUUUGCUUUUGUAAAUGCCUUGAUGUUGUGCCUUCAUCAGUUGGUGAGGCUGUAACCACUAAAAUUUGGUACAAUUGAUAUUAAAAGAAGAAGAAAAAAA